AUGGAUCCGAAUUCCCAUCUCAUGAUGAGUUCGUUCCUGUGGUGUGAUUUCCCUCCACCCCCGCCGGAUGCCUUUGCUCCGGAAAACUUCGUUCUUCCGCCGCCGCCGCCACCACCCUUGCCUGAGGUUCUGAACGGAGAGCUCAAUGCAAUGGUUGUUACUCAACCAGAAUCAGGUACAGCCAGAUCACAAUGUGAGCCACACUUGGAUUCGCUUCAACCUGUCACACAGAACGGCACAUGCACGAACUCCACUACCAUACCGAGCACUGUUACUUCACUCAAUCCAUCGCCACUCUCCCUUGGAGUGACAUCAGAACGUCCGAAAGGUACACGCCCUGGUGCAACUGGAGCUUGUCGACGACCUGCCGUCCCACAGCGUGCCCCAUCCACUCGAUUGUCUAGUGUGCCGGUUACUUGCAACGGGCUCGAAGAAUUUCGGCCCCGAUCAGUGGCCGUGGACUCUUUGGUCCUGCUACAAGAGUCCCGAGGUUCUGCGGAAUCGUUACCAAAUCCUCACAUAAAAUCUCCUUCAUCAGACCGCGUCUCGCCUGUCUCACUAAGACAGACUAAUUUGGAGGAGGAGGAGGAGGAGGAGAGCACCAUCGAUCAAACAGUACCGCCCGUCUCAGAUAUUAUUCGUCGGUUUGAUCGUCGAGACCAAACAGUUGCCGUCGGAGCUCCGUGUCGUCCCGGUCAGACACAAUCCAGACCGACUAGUCAGAUAACACGUGAAGAUUCGCGCAUGAAUCCAGUUCCGUCUUCCUCGAGCGAUGCGAUAGUGGUUACCCCGGAAAGAAAUUUCUCCACACCCACAGAUUCGUUCGGUCAGACCACGUCAGUUCAUCCCCCUGCUCCUGGUGAAAACUGUCCAAACUCCGGUCCUUCAUCUGCUGUGCAACAAAGUGCCCGAGGUUUCAUGCUAUCUCGAAGCACUUCUGUGGAUACGACUCGUCCAACCGUGCCCAUGCCUCCGGUCAGCCCAUUGGCCAGAAAACCCAGUUCACCGACUCCAUUUCCAACAUCCUGCGGCACUACUGGCCAAUUUGGCAAAUUGUCGGUUGUGCCGGAUCCGGUUUUGCCUGCGCGGGUUCGCUCAACUCAGCCUGGCAUGUUUCUUCUCACAUUUCGUGUGCCAUUAGCGGCACACAAAUCGACUGGCGCAAUUAUCCAAGGUGCUGCUAGUUCUAACCCUCGGGUCGUUCGUUCCUUGUAG